AUUAUUGAAAUCCAACGGUUAGGGCAGUAGCGUCCCGCCCUUAUUCGGUUGAGUCACAUUGAAAUAGAAAGAGUAAAAGCGAAGCCACCAAGAGCAAAGUGUGGAGUGCGCGCCAAAGACAGUGGAGAUGUGUGGUAGAGCCCGUUGUUCUAUGAGAGCCGACGACAUCCCCAGGGCUUGUCGUCGUAACGAUGGUCCUGUUCGUACUCUUCAUAUAGACCGCUAUCGUCCUUCGUACAAUGUUUCUCCGGGGUCAAACAUACCCGUUAUCCGCAGAGAAGACGGCUCUGAUGGUGGAGUGGUCCUCCAAUGCAUGAAAUGGGGACUUAUUCCCAGUUUCACUAAGAAAACUGAGAAACCUGAUCACUAUAAGAUGUUUAAUGCUCGAUCUGAGUCCAUCAGUGAAAAGGCUUCUUUCCGUCGUCUUAUUCCUAAAAAUCGGUGCCUUGUUUCAGUAGAAGGAUUCUAUGAGUGGAAAAAAGAUGGGUCGAAAAAGCAGCCUUACUACAUUCAUUUCAAGGAUGACCAGCCUCUUGUGUUUGCUGCUCUUUAUGAUUCUUGGGAAAACUCUGAAGGGGAGAUAAUUUACACUUUCACUAUUAUCACUACUUCAUCAUCUCCAGCUUUACAGUGGCUGCAUGACCGUAUGCCUGUUAUUUUUGGUGACAAGGAAGCAAGUGAUGCAUGGCUUAAUGGUUCAUCUUCCAAAGUCGACACAUUGCUUAAGCCAUAUGAAAAUCCAGAUCUGAUGUGGUACCCAGUGACACCAGCAAUGGGUAAGCCAUCUUUUGAUGGACCAGAGUGCAUUAAGGAGAUAAAGUUGAAAACAGAUGGGAAUGUACCGAUAUCAAAAUUUUUCUCGACUAAAGGAGCAAAGAAGGAAGUGCAAGUAAACUCAGAUGAGAAGGUUGUAAAGCUUGAUCCUGCAAAAUGCCUGAAAGAAGAGCCUGACUCGAAAGCAAAAACAGAACCAUUCUCUUCUACUGAAAACGAAGAACAUGACAUCAAAUCUAGUGUCCUGGCAUUUUCUGAUGGAGUUGCAGAGAAUUGCCAAAUGAAGCGGGAACAUGAGGAGCUUUCAGCUGAUUCAAAGUUGACUGCAGAUGACACUAAUAAGCUUCCCGUUAGUCCAGAGAGGAAGAAACCAAAACUGAAGAGUGCCGGUGAUCAGAAACAACCUUCAGUACUUUCAUUUUUCACUAAAAAGUAAUCUUGUGUGUUAGGAUGUGUAUCUAUUGCUGCAAUGGACUAUAUGGAGGUGGGAAAUUUUGUGAUGUGCAAAGAAAGUGGCUAAGGUUUCUGUACAAAGUAAACCUUUAAUAUGUUUUGCUAGAAGAACAACUUUCAAAAGAUUCUCUCUUCUUGUUAUCCUGCCCUGUUUUAGGAUUGUUUGUUGGACUUUUCCUUUAUUUCCAUGGCUUUCUUCUAAUUACCCUCUGCUUUAGUUAAGUGGAGCUCAAAGCACUUGCUAUGGUUUUGUAUUGUGUUUCUAUGUAUUUGUACAUAAACAGAUGUGGAUUUUUGUUGAAUCAACUCACUUAUACUUAA